AUGAUCCCCGCAAAUAACCACCCCGGCAGUUGGCCACUUGGGAAGGUUUGUGGGGGGACGCACGGGGUUCAGUUCUUUUUAAUCAAAGUGAACUGCUACUCAUUCGGGACAUGCCAGGAGUUUCAAGAACUGCCCAUAACCACCAGCAUGUUUGAACAAGUCCUCGCCAGGCUGCAGGGCAGCCCGAUAUUGUACCUAUCGUGCAUUUCCGCUGUUUUGAUUGUUACCCGACUUCUAUUCAACAAGUAUGGACACGGAAUCAACCAUAUCCCGGGACCAGCCUUCGCUGCAUAUACCGAUCUAUGGCGGUUAUUCCUGGUCUGGGGUCGUCGACCAGAGGCCGAACAUAUCCGCCUACACGAAAUCCAUGGACCUCUGGUGCGCCUAGGUCCAAAAGCAAUAUCGGUGUCCGACCCAGCAGCCAUCCAGGUCAUCUACGCCCUGAACUCUGGGUUCGUCAAGUCCGGCUUCUACCCUGUCCAACAGACGAUUGCCAAGGGACGGCGAUUGUAUACCUUGUUCACCUCCACCGACGAGAAAUUCCACGCAAAACUGAGAAGGGCUGUCUCCAGCGCAUAUGCUAUGAGUACUUUGGUUCAGUUUGAGCCUCUAGUGGACUCCACCACCUCGGCAUUCUUGGAUCAAUUGCAGAAGCGGUUUGCGGACAGACCGGGCCCGGAUGGGGUGUGUGAUUUUGGGACCUGGCUUCAAUAUUAUGCAUUCGAUGUGAUUGGAGAGCUCACAUACUCACAACGUUUGGGCUUCGUCGACCAAGGAGUCGACGUGGACAACAUCAUUGGGGAUCUGGAAAAGCUCUUGAACUAUGUGUCAGUGGUAGGUCAAAUGCCAGAACUGGACAACAUAUUUCUCAAGAACCCGCUGCUGUUGAUGGCGAGCAAGCAUGGGCUCCUCAACUCCAACACGCCGGUGGCGAACUUUGCCCGCGCCCGCAUCGCCAGUCGUCCAUACGCGGCAGAGGUUGGCGACAAAUCUGCAGAGCCAUUCAACGGCAGACCAGGCCGAAGAGACUUCCUAUCCAGGUUUUAUGAGGCACACCGCAAAGACCCCGAGUUCAUCACCCAGGAGAGAGUGCUGGCCCUAACAGUAGCCAACAUGUUCGCCGGGUCUGACACGACCGCCAUCACGCUGCGAGCCAUAUUCUAUAACCUGCUGAGGAAUCCGGACGACAUGGAAAGCUUGAUGCAGGAACUGUGGUCGCAAAAGGAGAAAGGGCUGUUUACCAACGAGGAAGGGCUCGUGGAAUGGAGCGUCGUAAAGGAUCUUCCGUUCUUGGGCGCUGUCAUAAAGGAAUCGCUGCGUUGCCAUCCAGCGGCUGCUCUCAUGCUGGAGCGAAUAGUGCCUCCCGGAGGAGUCACAAUCUGUGGGCAAUUCAUUCCAGGUGGGACUAUCGUGGGCUGCAACGCGUGGACUGUGCACCGACAUCCCCUAUUUGGCGACCAUACAGAUCAGUUCCGUCCACGACGCUGGCUAGAGGCUGGACCAGAACAACGAAGACUGAUGGAGAAUUCUAUCUUCUCGUUCGGAGCAGGAUCCCGGACAUGCAUCGGCAAGAAUGUGAGCCUGUUGGAGCUCUACAAACUGGUACCGGCAGUCCUGAUGAGGUUUGAGAUUGAGCUCGCGGAUCCGUCCAAAGAGUGGAAACUUCACAAUGCGUGGUUUCUGAAGCAGUCCGACUUCAACGUCCGGCUGAAAAGCCGUAAACGGCAGGGAUAG